CGAGCACCACUCCUACUCCCACUCCUCAGCAAGCGGUCCUCUCCUCUCUCUCCUCCCUCCAGCUCCCCAUCCCUCCCAAAACCCCAGUUCAAUCCCAGGUUUCAAAUCCGCCACCUUUUGCGCAUACACACAUACACAGGGAGGUGCACAGAGUCACACUUCCCCUGCCCCCAUAGCUCAGCUCAACUUUACCCAAGCAAACCAAACCCAAGGCCAAGGAUUCCUCAAAAGAACCACUUCCUCCUCAUAGCUCGUGAGCGCGCUCUCUCUCCUCUUCACUCCUCCCAGCUAGCUGCAGCGGCUGCUUAAAGAGGGGGAGGGGAGCCAAGCGGGGGAGGAGCAAUGUCGGAGCAGCCAUUGCCGCAGCCUCGGAGCAGCAUGCGGGAGGCGCUGGAGAAGGAGGACAAGGAGAAGGCGGCGGCGGCGGCCGCGGCCAAGGACAAGGCGGCCGUUCCCAAGAACGGCGGCAACGGCGGGGGCAAGAACGGCGGCGGCAACGGUGGCGGCGGCGGGAACAACGGCGGAGGCCCCCCCCAGUCCGGGGAGGAGACAGCCCGGGAGAUUCAGGUCGUGAGGGAGGCGUACCGGCGCGAGACGGCGGCGCCGGCGUACGUCAUCCCCGAGGAGCCACCGGCCAUGGUGGAGCUCGUGGGGUGGUACCUCUACGGCUUCUGCUCCUACUUCAUCACCCACCUGCUGCUGCCGGUGCUCUUCCCGGCCAUCAUCACCCAGGUCGCCUUCCCCUCCUCUGACUUCACGCCGGACCCCAAGUACACCGUCAAGGGCGCCACCUGCUCCAUCCAUGAGAUGUCCAUGUACCAAAGGCUUACUAGGCACUCCAUUGUCAUUGAUGGAUCCCGGUUAUCACCAUUGGGCUGGAGUGGUCUGUCAUGGGCAAUUGGCAUCCUCAUCGUGGCGCCGAUACUCACUCAGACUGCUCACCACCUUGACCGUGGCCAGUAUCAGUCACUCAUCCUCAUUGCUGCCACGUCCUUUGGGUCAUUCUUUUGCCUGCUCACUGGCUUCUUCAAGACAGUCUGGGUGUUCCUCUUCUACAUCCUCUUCAUUGCAGGAUCAAUUAUUGUCGCUGAGGCUGUGCACACCCGCAACCUUGGACUGAUGAUUCGUGGCCUUGCUGCGCAUGACUCAGGCAAGCACCUUGUUCUUCGCCGCCGUGCUGCGGCCAGCCAGCUCAGCCUGUACUGCACUGCCAUUGGAGGCAUUGGGGCGGCCCUCAUGGCUGCGUUCAUGUACCACAUGCUGCGGCGCACUGAUCAGCUCACUGGACUUUGGGUCGUCUCCAUCUUCAGUGGCCUUAUCUGGUUCAUAGGCAUCUGCCAUGGUCUUUUCACAAACAGGCCCAGCAGCUCAUCACCUGCCACAGCAUUUGAGCCCAACUUCUUCACCAAGCUCAGCUACAGCAUGACCCUUCUGCGUUACCCACAGGCCAUUGGCAGCUUGGUUGCUGUGUUCCUUUCAUCUUUUGCCACAAUGUGCAUCUUCACUAGUGGUACACUCUAUGCCAUUGGUGGUGUUUGCAUCAAGCCUGUGCUCGUGCUUGUGCUUUGGAUCCUUUACUUCCUGUUCCCCUUGAUAUCACUUCCACUUCUCCACCCAAUCCAGAUCAUCAUCCGUGCUGAUGCUGUUCGCAUGCAGCUGCUUGGUUUCAUAAUCUGCCUUUUCGUGUCUGGUGCUGGAUUCUACUUCAAGAGCCACAGGUGGAGAGCCGCUCACAUCAUUGUCAUCGCCCUUGUGCAGAGCACUGCCAAUGGUAUAUUAUACUCAUUUGGCCGCAUUCUGCUCCUUGACGCCUCACCACCGGGAAAAGAGGGUGCAUUUGCUGUCUGGUAUGCAUUUGUCCGCUGCAUUGGUGCUAUGAUUGGCUUCGCUGCUGCAUCAGCUGGCCCUGGGCGUGCUGGAGGAUCAUUUGCUGCUGCAUUCCUUGGGAGCUUCCUAGGCAUCAUUGUUCUGAUCUUCGGCAAUGUCAGCAACAUUGGGGCGCUGAAGGCUGCGGGGCACCUCAAGGGAAUGGACGAUGAGAAGAGGAUGGGUGGUCUUGGCAUGGAGAAAGGCGAAGGCAUGGGUAGUGCCGUUGCUGAUUCGGGCGAAGGCAGAGGGAGGGUAUGAUGACGAUUUCAAGAGACGGUGUAUUUCUGGGAGGAAAAGAUUGCAUUGCUGUGGAGGUUGUGUUUGUGAGAAGGAUUUGUUCUCUUCUUUCUUGUUUCUUGGUCAUGUUUCAGUGACACUGUUAAUCCCAGUGCGUUGCCCCUUUGAUGCAUGAUGAUGGAUGACAUAGUGGUAGAGGAGUGUGCUAGUUGUUAAUGUGCUAUUCUUUUGCUUGCAAGACAAUUGUAACUGAUGAUGAUAUGGUUCUUUGUUCACCAUCCGUCCAAAAAUCUCUUGCAGUCUCCAUUCAUAAUUUAAUUUCAGUCUGGAAAA